AGCUUAAAUUCCCGGCUUUUCUUGUGCAUGAAGCAAGGUAGUGUGAGAAGAGAAAUCGAAAUGGAAGGAGAUCAAGGAAAAGAUGAGAAGUUGCCACCGGGGUUUAGGUUUCAUCCUACAGAUGAAGAACUCAUCACAUAUUAUCUGGCAAACAAGAUAUCGGAUGCUAGCUUUACGGGAAGAGCAGUUGCUGAUGUUGAUCUCAACAAAUGCGAGCCUUGGGACCUUCCAGGGAAGGCCAAAAUGGGAGAAAAAGAGUGGUAUUUUUUCAGCCUUCGAGAUCGGAAAUAUCCAACUGGAGUCAGAACAAACCGAGCAACGAACACCGGCUACUGGAAAACCACUGGGAAAGACAAGGAGAUCCUCAACAGCGUCACAUCAGAGUUGGUUGGGAUGAAGAAGACUUUAGUUUUCUACAGAGGGAGAGCUCCCAGAGGAGAGAAAACCAACUGGGUCAUGCAUGAAUAUCGUAUUCACCCCAAAUCUGCCUUUAGAACUUCCAAGCAGGAUGAAUGGGUGGUUUGUCGCGUCUUCAAGAAGAGCGCCGGUGUGAAGAAAUACCCCUCAAACCAAUCAAGAGCGGUCAAUCCUUACAACGUGGAAGUAGGACCAAGUGUUAUACCGUCAACCAUGAUGCCGCCGGAGAACUAUCAUCAGUUUUCGACGGGGAGAAACUACGUUCCCAAUGCAGAACUAGCAGAGCUUUCUAGGGUGCUCAAAGGCGGUGCAAGCAGUAACAUAAACCUGCCAAUGCAAUCCCAGAUGAAUUAUCCGGUAGGAGGAGGAUUCACAAUAUCCGGACUGAAUUUAUAUCUCGGAGGAACCACAGCGCCGCCAGUCAUGAGGCCAAUGCAACCGCCGGUAACUCCUCAGGCGAUGAAUCAGGCUGACGUUACGGCGUCCAUGGUGACCGGCACUUCUUUUGCUACUGAGGCUGCGUAUGAAAUCAGUCAUGCAAGUGGGCCAAGCAGCAGAUAUAUGGGCUUCGACCAUUGCAUGGACCUGGACAACUAUUGGGCUACUUACUGAGGAAAAAGACUCAAUCAAACAAAUUAAUGCUC